CUUUGCCAUACAAAGUGUCCAAACAUUAUGUCCUGUGCACUGUUGCGCAAUACGUAAAGUGAGGACAAGUAUUUUUGCCUGUUCUACCCCUAUUUGAUUACGAAUAAACAAGAGGAGCUUGGUUUGUUGCUACUACUGGAUGGCAUUUAACCUUAAAGGACCUUAGAUUUUUUCUCAAUUUUGUAACGAGUGAGCACAACGUGCCUUUCAUCCACUGUCAAUUCCUCAAAUCACCAAAGCGAACCUCAAUCCUUCCAAAAUGUCGGGUCUGAUUCGCUUGGGUGCAGCUUCAGCUCUGAAGCGAGGUCUAGCGAAGCCCCUUCAGUCUCCAAAGCAGUUGAUGAAAAGGCCCAUCAACACUUCCUCAAAACCACCCCAAGCUAGUCAAUCCACUCCAGCGACAACCUGCACCGAGACACCAGUGCAAGAGUCCAAGAAUUGGAUAAGUUGGGGUUUCAAUGAGGAAAGCGAGUUGGUUGACAGAGUAAGCGCUCACCUGGCAUUCUUCUCAGCAGUCUCACUCUGUAUGAUUCUCGGUGGUACUAUGCUCGCUUACGCUCCUGAUCCAAGGCUUCGUGAGUGGGCACAGCGUGAAGCAUACCUCCAGCUUCGGUACAGAGAAGAGCAUGGACUUCCACUCAUCAACCGCAAUUAUGUCGAUCCGGCUAAACUCUACCUGCCCAGUGACGAAGAGCUGGGGGACACUGAGAUCAUCAUCUGAAGGGGUUAUUGUAUUUGGCUUGUUAUUAGUUUAUUUGUAAAGAACGAGACGGUUUAUUAAUCGAUGCAUUGUAAUGGAGGAGGAGGUAAUGAUCGCGAAAUAAAUUCCUUGAGCUAUA